ACGAUGACGUCAUCGCAGCGCGCCCGGUCCGCACAGUGUGUGCCGGGGCUGUGUUCCCGGAGGCCGGAGCUUCGGCCGUCACAUGAAACCCAAGAACAGAAACAUGCUAGCCAGAAGCAGCAGACAGAAAUGGAAGUGGUUACUUUCUCAAAAGACACAGUCUUAUCAGACAUCCAUCUUCGAAUCCAGCAUAAAAGACAACUCAUGGUCAGGCUGAAUACGGUCGGACAGCCAGUUUUCCAGACAGAAUUUAAGAUCUUUUUGGGAAACAAUUUAUUAGAAACUGCAAGUAAUAAGGAAGAAAUCAGCGUAGAUGAUGAUACAGAAUCCUUGCUCUCUAGAGAGACAACGCCACACGAGGAGCAGAAAUUAGAAACUCUUCUCGAUGAUGAUGGUGAUUUGGAAGUCCAGAGAAGACCAGCAAGUCCUUCUGACAGACAUGUAUCAUCACCUUGUAUUCGAGAUGUUGUGUAUCCAACUAUUCUUACACUAGGGAGUGAAGACUACAAGGAAGAGGCUUCAAGUAAUGAUGAAGGUGUGGUUAAAAUAGAGCAUACUAUGGCCACCCCACUAGAAGAUGUUGGCAAACAGAUCUGGCGAGGAGCAUUUCUUCUUGCUGAUUACAUCCUGUGGCAGCAGGAUCUCUUCAGAGGGUGCACGGCAUUGGAGCUCGGGGCGGGCACUGGCUUCACAAGUAUCAUUAUGGCAACAGUUGCUAAGGCCGUCUACUGCACAGAUGUUGGUGAAGACCUCCUAGAUAUGUGCAAGAGAAAUAUAUCCCUAAACCAAGGCCUCACAAAAACAAAAGGCGGCCAAGUAAAGGUAAAGGAACUAGACUGGCUUAAGAAUCAAUUCUGUACAGAUCCAGAAGCUCCUUACAGCUGGACAGAUGAUGACAUAGCUGACCUUUAUGAUCAAACAACGGUCAUCCUGGCUGCUGACGUAUUUUAUGAUGAUGACCUCACUGAUGCACUGUUCAAAACUCUUGACCGAAUCACACAUGCAGUGACGAGACUUUGCACAAUAUAUUUAUCUAUAGAAAGAAGGUUUAACUUUACUUUAAGGUAUAUGGACAUUACAUGUGAUGCAUAUAAUCAUUUCCGAAAUUGCUUGAACAAUUUUGAAAAGAUCAAGAACGGAAAGCUAAAGUGGACUGCAACAGAAAUCAAGCCAGCGUUUCCCCAGUUCUUCAGCUAUGAACGCGAACAUUUGGAGCUAUGGAAAAUUACAGCUACAACUCUUACUUAAAGUUUUUACUUCCCAUGUUAAGAGAACAAAUAUAAUUUUUCAUGAUGAUGAGAAAAACCAAAGAGUCAUCGUACAAGAAAGCACGUUUCGACUAAUCCCUAGUCUUUCUCGAGCUGGACUUUGUACCUGUAUUAGACCCGCUUUUAAUAAAGAACACCAUGGAGGAUA